AUUGGUUCACCGGAGGCAAACCAUUGGAGCAGCAGCGCCCACGGAAUCGGAUUCUGCUUUCUGGAGCUUCCACAAAAGCGUCGAACCGACCACGUUGCUACUCCGCGCACCACAUGAAACCCUUGGCUCCGACGUGCCCUCCUCUCCCCCACGCAUCCCCUCUCUCUCUUUGUUCGCCACCCCACCUUCUAAAACCUCUUCCACAUGAUCCUCCUCCUCACGAGCAGCAGUAGCACCAUUCGAUGGAAGAAGCGAGAGGGAAGGACAUGCCCCAGAGGAGCUGCGAUGCCGACGCGUGCUCCUCCUCCGAGCCCCGGACUCGACCGGCUCUUCAAGGCUUAAUGAUGGAUUCUCCGAUAGACCAGCCCGUCAAUCCCGCCUCGACAUCACCGGCGGACGACGGCAGCGGUGGCCCUCGACAGGCAGCCUCGAAGAAGGCGAGGAAGAGACUCGAGGACUGUGGACGGGAGAGGCUGAGGCGGCACAGGGUGGAGAUGGCGGGCCGUGUUUGCAUACCGGAGACGUGGGGGCAAGAGAGCUCGUUGAAGGAUUGGGCGGAUCGCUGCGCGUUCGAGAGAUUCAUGCCGGAGGCCUUGGCAUCCGCCCGCAAGGCGCUGGUCGACGACUGUCGUCGGCCGCCAAAUACGUGCCUGCAAGUUGGAAACUGAGACCGAUCGUCUCAUCCUUCUUCCACGGAUUUCCAUGGUCGGAUAUGCUUCCCGAAUCAUUCUUUCUUCUUGAUCGAGUGUUGGUCAUUGAAACCACACACUCGUUUCUCGUGCCAAAACCUCCGAGUUUAGAUCGUGCUUGAGCCACUGUUUUUCUUCUUUUUUUCCUUCGUCCGAAGAGCUCUCGGUCUGCAGAAGAAAAGCAUGCAUCCUCAUUACCAUUAUGCCAGCAACGAUUGAAGAUUGAUUAAGGUGAUUGUUUUGAUCUUGUAA